GCUAAUGCAGCCUAAUAUAUGCAAAUCUGGCACGUCGAAGUAGCGACUUUGUCAUAUAUUGCGAAGAAUCUCGUCCUUCGAAGAAGGCUAAAUUGUCUCCGCAUUCGCCUCGAAAUUCGUUGAGAGGAAGUGGGCCUUUAUCCCCUAUUCAAGGGGUUCUGAACAACAUGGUAGAUGAAAAUAUGCACGCAAAUUCAGCUCCCAUGUUUCCUGAAAACGCCAUGAACCUUAAAUUUUUGACGAGUGAUUGUGAGAAUGGAUUUCAAGACGAAGCUCUUGGGUAUGAUGUUUCAGUAUCAAACGGUUUAGUUACAAAUGGCCAUGCGAAUGCGUCGAAGCCUAAAGUAUAUACAACGCGCGAACAAGAAUUGCUGCGAGUGAUUGGCCAGUUUUUCACUGAAAUCGGACUGACAGAUACGGCCAGUUGUCUGACCAGAGAAUCUCAAUGCUCUCUCGAACACCCUUCCGCCACAAAUCUAAGACACCAUGUGCUAAAUGGAAACUGGAGGUUUGCCGAGUCUUGCCUUGAGGAUCUUCGCAAAUCAGUUUCACAUAGUGUACACCAUCACAAGAUGAAGUAUCUACUUCAGGAGCAGAAGUUUCUGGAGCUUUUGGAUGACGGGAGAGUGCUAGAUGCUGUCAAGUGCCUCAGAAGUGACAUAAGCCGUAUUCCUGUGAAACACAGUUGCUGUCACUAUCUUGCCUCUUUGGCCAUGUUUUCAACGCCCGAAGAGAUCCGAAAAUCAGCCCACUGGCCUGGAAAAGGCAAGCAGUCUAGAUUGCAAUUGAUAGACAGACUCAGCGAAUUUCUCCCACCCAACGUGAUGCUUCCCAGAGAACGUCUCCGGAAAUUAGUUGACCAGUCCUUGCAAUACCAGAUUAGCAACUGCACGUACCACGUGGUAUCAAAUGAAGCGCCUCUGCACGAGACGAACGAAAGAGCCAGCAGUAAUACAAUUAGUGGAGACGAGCAGAAUAACGACACACUGGGGCGAAAAUCAGCUGUGCCGAAUGGAGCAGCAGUUAUGACGUCACAAGAAUCGAACGGCGUAAUUUCUAAUCCGAAUUCUCAAUCUUCAUCUUCGAGUAGUUACCAAACGUUGUCCCUAUUGACUGACCACAAGUGCACGAAGAACCAGUUGCCAUGUCGGAUGAAACAGACUAUAAUGGACAGUGAGGAGUACCUGUAUUGUAAGUUCAACCACAGAGGGACCACUCUAGCAGCAGGCGGCAACUCACACCACAUCCAGCUCUACACAGUCACAGAGCACCACAAACUGAAACUAUGUGAUCAGAAAUUAGACCACGAGGCAUCUGUCGGGUUCUUCGCAUGGUCACCAGACGACAGGUAUCUACUGAGUUGUGGUGCUCGCUCCCCCUCCAAAGCCAUCCUGUGGAACAUGGUGACCCUGGAUCGCAUGGUGCGGGUGUCCAACUCCCCGGAGGAUUGUCUGACUACCUGUUGCUGGCUACCUGACUCCUCCCACUUUGCAGUGGCUGGCAUCCAGGGACACUUCUACCUCUGCGAUCUAUCCGGAAACAUCGAGAGUUCUUGGGAGGGCAUUCGAGUGAUAGCACUGGCCUCAUACAAGCGGGAGAACACAGUGCUAGCUGCAGACAACCACAACAGAGUGAGGUCUUACUGUGUGGAUAGAGAUGCGACCAUAAUCCAGACAGACAAGGCCAUCAUGGCCCUCGAAGUGUCCAAGUGCGAUCAGUUCUUAGUGUGUACUAUGGAGAAGGGAGGAGGAAUACAGAUCUUCCACCUGGACAGUGGUACUCUGCUGACCAGACUAGCUGGCCUGAAGGUGGAGCGGGACCUGAUCUACUCGAGUGUGGGCGGGAGUGAGGAGGGCUCUCUAGUGGCCAGUGGCAGUGAAGACAAGUGUGUCUACAUCUGGCACAGACACAGACACCUCCCCAUCGCAGUCCUAUCCGGACACACCAAACAGGUGAACGGAGUUGACUGGAAUCCAACUAUCCACUCCAUGUUAGUCUCAGUGUCAGACGACUGCACAAUUAAAGUGUGGGGUCCAGCGCCCCCCUCCGAAUUCAGUGAACUCACAGGUGCUACUUUAACCAGAGGGGCUCAACACAGACACAACCCUCGAAAUAAUCCCAGAGGGGGUUCAGGUCCAGGUGGGGACGACCAUCGUAAUCUGUUUUUUGGAGGAGCCGGCGGCGCUUCAGAUGAUAACGAUGACUCAGAUAAUGAUGACGACGAUGAAGGCAUGUCGAUAGAGGGCGAGAGUUCACAGCAAUCAGGCGACAGAGGUAGUGGGCAUGUAACAAGUAGGAGCGUGAACUUAUUUUCGGCAUCGACAGAAGACUCGAUAUCGUCGCCAUCGCGAGGAGCUGAAGACGUUCUUAACCUGGAUCCGGUGUCAAUGAGUGUCAGCGGGAUCCUACGCAGCGCGGGGAUUGAUAUUUCACAACAUCAUGGUGCUUCUUCUUUGGGUUUGGCCGCAGUAAGCGCGGGUUCGAAUCCAGGCGCAGAAUUGGGUGCUUUUAAUGUACAACAGCAGAAUAUUUCUUCUUCGUCGCAAUUACCCGAUGACCGUCAGAUGUCGCCGUCUUUAAGCUCGUCGGCUUAUUCGUCAUUCGGCUGGUUGUAAUUACGGUUUCGAAGCAUAACAGCAGUUAUGAGAAUGAAAUAUAAAACGUAUUAGUUGUAGAAAUUGCAAAUGAAAUGAUUACGAGAGUUUUAGUCUGUUUCAUAAACAGUUAUAGCAAUAAAAACAAAGGAGAAAGUCUAUCUAAAGAAACCGCUAAUUACUCGAAUGGUGAAAUUUUGGUCCAGAUUUGAAUUUAAUUGAAUAAUGUUCUGCUUUCAAAAAGAGCUUCUAUCGAAAAACAUUGGAAUGGUUUGCGAAUUCUGCUAGAAAGUCAGCGAAAAAAUUCGUUACCUCACAAUUAUCGGCCUAAAUUUAAAUGUGUUUGAUAAUAUUCCUAAUUAUGUUAAUACGAUAUACAUAGCUUUUAUAUGAUUUAGAUUCGUUACUUACUUAGUACUUUACCUUACAUACGACCACCCUAUUACAGCUGUUUUAUUAACACUUGUUUCAUAAUCGUUUGCAUAACUGCUUCGGCGAGAUGGGGUAUUCGGAGAAAUGUUACGUAACUUCACAGAUGGUAUUACGUCACCGGAAACGGAAGUUUUGAUCACGUGGCCAGGAAGAGUAACAACUUGUGAAAAAAACGAAGGCAUUUUCCUUCAAAUGACCUUUUACUAAAGUGCAUUCUACUCCAGAUUCUAUUUGAUAAAAAUUCUUUUAUUUGGUUCAUUAGUAUUAAAUAAUACACAGUGCGUAGUUAACAUACAU